CUGAUAUUGAUAUUGAUGAUUAAUAAUAGUGACGUGUCACACCUCAACGACCUUUUAUUCCUUAAAUUGUCGCUGUUUUUCCUCUUUAUCUAUUCGCCCUUCACCGUGCUUUUUGGUCUUCCCUUGCCCACCGCCGCCGCCGCCGUAUCUACGAAUCAGUUGCAAAUGGAUGUUGAGUCCGUGAGCAAUUUGGGGGAUUCACCCUCUUGCGCUUUAUGCCAUACAAUUCUCACAUCGGAGAAUGAGGCCGACGAGCUUGACGCAUUCAGUGUAUGCGGCGAUUGCAAAUUGUUGAUGGAGGAUUUCGAUACUGCCUCGCCUGAAGUGUAUAAUAGAAGGGGUGUAUCGAGGAGGAGAUUCGACAGCUCUGAGUCCAUGGAGAGCAUGUUCUCUCAGCAUUUUUCGCACAUGAUCAGCCUUGCAAGGCAAAACCCCUCCAACGACGAUGCUCAUUCCGCGGAUGGAGUGCGAUCGAGGAGGUGGCGGAGAGUCUUGUCCGAUAACGAAAGUGAUGGUUUUGAUUCUGUGUAUGGCGAGUCUGAGUCCCUCAAUGGGAGAUAUAAUAAUAGGCUUAGUGACUCUGAUGAGCUUGAUACCGAUAAUGAUAUCGACCCCAUGAAUGCUGGCACGUUCCAAUGGAAUUCCGACGACAGUGAAUGGGAUGAAGCUCAGCCAAAUGUCUUGAUUAAUUGGGGGAGUCAGCUUGUGAUAGAAGCACACAUUGGUGACUUGGAAGAGUCUUAUGUUGGGAAUUCGGGAGAUUAUCUCGAUGCCAGGGGUUUCGAGGACCUUCUCGACCAUCUCGCUGAAAAUAAUCAAAGCUCGAGACGAGGGGCACCUCCUGCUUCUCUAUCUUUCGUAAACAAUCUGCCAUGUCUUACGAUUAACGGAGACAAGCAGCAGCAGGAGUGUGCAAUCUGCAAGGACUCCUUCACUCUUGGCACUCGUGUCAACGAGCUUCCCUGUUUGCACCUGUAUCACCCUUCCUGCAUCUUGCCGUGGUUAGCUGCAAGAAAUACGUGCCCACUUUGCCGCUAUGAGCUUCCUACGGACGACAAGGAGAGAAACGAGAAUCAAUUGAUUGAUGAUACGGAUGCUGCUCCAGUGGAUCAAGUUGAGGUUGAGGAUGAUGCUCCAAGAAAUAGAUGGUUCUUCCUUGCUGCUCCAAUUGUCAGUAUUCUUGGCAUAUCCCUCAUUCUGUGGCUUGGCGAUUCAUCUGCGGCUAGACUGUGCCGACCUCCUUGCCGGAGGGAUAAUAACCAGAGGAGAUGGUACUCAUUUUUCUAGCUAUGCUUCAAUUUGUUUUUGACUAGCAUGGUUAAGGCUGUAUAUUCUGUUUCCAUCUUUAGAUAAUAGUACAUUGCUACUUCUGUAUUUACAUUUCCUCUACUCUUUUGUA